AUGGAUGGCAGUCGCUGCGAUUUCUUCAAAAUUCUACCAUCGGAAAUCACCACACUCAUCCUCUCCCGCCUCCCUGAUCUCCGCACCUUUUCAAUCAGCAAAUGCGUUUGCAAACCAUGGCGCAAUCUCCUCGAAUCCGACGAUUUCUCCAAAUCCAAAAUCAAAUCCCCACCCGCCCUAGCCAGAUUGACCUCAACAAAGGGGAAGAACUCAACUCGGUGCUCGAUUUUCGAAAUUGAAGACGAAGACGAAGCCGUUUCGGAGAAGAUCCACGAUCUUCACUACCAUCCGCUCGCUAAUUUGGAGAUUCCUCACGGAAAUCAACAAUCAAUGGAAGCUAUAUCUGCAAAUGGAUUGCUUCUUCUCCACCCAGAAAAUGGCGAUCCCGAAGAGCCUUUUUACGUAUGCAAUCCGAUCACUCGUGAAUAUAUCGUGCUCUCCCGCCCUAAGAAAUACAUCUCACUUAGAUAUUUGUUAAGUUACGGAUUGGGUGUGAGCGAAAUAAGUGGGCAAUAUAAGGUUAUUUGUAUUAGUCGCGGCGGUGGAAUUAACUGCUUCCACGUGUACACUCUCGGGACGCGUAAAUGGAGGCUCGUUAAAGGCGGGGCCGGUUCUCGUCUAAAAUUCUUUUCUUACGGACACACUGUAUGCAACGGCAAACUCCAUUGGACGGUGUCGGAUUUCCGUCAGCCUUUACGGAUUUGUGGUUUUGAUGUUGAGACAGAACGUUUUAGCAUCUUCUACGCGCCUCCCGUGGGGGAGUGUUUUGGCUUCAUCUUUGCUCCUCCUGUGGGGAAGCCCUUCGGGAAGUUGUGCGUUUUGAAGGACAAAUUGUGCUUUUGUUACUCGCGGGACUCGGAGAUUGUCGUCUGGGUGAUGAAGGAAUACGGAGAUGAUGACUCGUGGACGAUGGAGUACACGAUGGGGACUUAUACCUUUGAUUUCGAUGACCAUUUUUGUAUGGAUUGGACGAAAAUGAAGUGUGUUUUUCCGAUUGAAAUCUUCAAAGAUGGCGAUGUUUUGAUGUUGAUGGAGAAGAUGCGGCUUAUCUACUACAGCAAGAAGACGGGGAAGACUCAACAAGUCGGUAUAUUUAAGGAUGCGGUUGCUAAGGAGGAUUACUUUACCUUUGCCACGAUUUUCACUCCUAGCCUUUUGUCACUAAAGAGUUUUGGAGUGGAGGAUGUUGUCGCGUUCUAG